AUGGCUAGAUACGGUGCUACUUCGACCAACCCAGCUAAGUCCGCGUCUGCACGUGGUUCUUACUUGCGUGUCUCCUUCAAGAACACCAGAGAGACUGCCCAAGCCAUCAACGGAUGGGACUUGGAGAAGGCCCAAAAGUAUUUGGAGCAAGUUUUGGAGCACCAAAGAGCCAUCCCAUUCAGAAGAUUCAACUCUUCCAUCGGUAGAACCGCCCAGGGUAAGGAGUUUGGUGUCACCAAGGCUAGAUGGCCAGCCAAGUCCGUGAAGUUCGUUCAGGACUUGUUGCAAAAUGCUUCUGCCAACGCUGAGGCCAAGGGUUUGGACGCCACCAAAUUGUUCGUUUCCCACAUUCAAGUCAACAGGGCUCCAAAGCAAAGAAGAAGAACUUUCAGAGCUCACGGUAGAAUCAACAAGUACGAAUCCUCUCCAUCUCACAUCGAGCUUGUCGUCACUGAAAAGGAGGAAGCUGUUGAGAAGGCUGAGCAAAAGAAGGUUGCCAGAUUGUCUUCCAGACAAAGAGGUAGAUUGGCUGCUCAAAAGCGCAUCACUGCUUAA